AUGGGUGAAGGAUAUACUUUCGUGGAGCAGGCAAUGAAUACAAAAAAGAAAAUAACGAUGACACGUUCGAGAUCUAAUACAAUUUCUGAUUCUGACGAUAGUAAUAAGAUCGUUCCAGUCUCAAGAAGGAAGAGACUAAACAUUUUGGAUACAUCUAGUAGCGAAGAUAGUAUUCCGUGCAAUUUUACCAGUUCUGCAACAUGUGAAAGUAUUUCUACGGAUGGUAUAGAUGAAGAAGAGAAUUCAGUUCGCCUUACUGAAGAUAUUGGGCCACAAUCAUCGCUAACUAACGAAUCUAAACCUAUCAAUUAUUUUAAUCUGUUUAUCGAUUCGUCUUUGUUAACAAUAAUGGUUUGCGAAACAAAUAAGUAUGCCGAAGAACUAAUAAAAUCACUUGACAUCACCCGCGGAUCUCGAAUGAAGCAAUGGAAAACAGUUACAUUACUCGAAAUGAAGGCGUUUUUGUCAGUUUUGUUGGAAAUGGGGAUAACGAAGCGACCAACAAUGUUUUCUUAUUGGGCCGAAAAUUCAAGGAGCAUACCCUGGUUUUCAAAGAUGUUUUCGCGGAAUAGAUUUCAGCUUAUUCUUCGAUGUUUUCACUUAGUUGAUAAUAAAGAAUGUUUCCCACCAGGCCAUGAAAAGUACGACUCAUCUAUAAAAUUUAUGCCAAUAGUUGAACACGCGAAUAGGGUAUUCAAAUUGUACUACAAACCGCAUAAAGAAUUAUCUAUCGACGAAUCUUUGGUAGGAACUUUAUGUCAUUCAAACAUGAUGCAAUAUAUGCCGAAUAAAAAACACCACCGGUGGGGCAUCAAAUUUUGGAUGUUUUGCGACGUAGUAUCCAAAUAUUGUUUAAGUUUUUACUGUUACAAGGGGGCUAAAGAAAAAUCUGAUACUACUAAGUCACGAGAACACGGACUUGGAUAUGAAGUCGUUGUAAAUUUAUUGGAGCAAAAUCAAUAUUUAAAUAAAACUAAUAGAAAAGGCGUACCUAGCGAUAUAAAAACAAUUAAGGCUAAUGAAGUAAAAUAUGCUCGAGAUGGUGAAGUACUUUUGUGUGGCUACCGCGAAAAUAAGUCUGUAAAAAAACCUGUAUUGUUAAUUUCGACGCAUGCUUCUGAAGACAAUACCAUUACAAUCAAAAAACGAAACGGAAAUGAACGAAGUAAAGUAAAACCAUGCAUCGUUGAUUGUUAUAAUCGUUAUAUGGGGGGAGUUGACGAAUCAGACAAAAUGCUAUACGUCUAUUUGGAUGAACGCCGCACUGUAAAAUAUUGGAAAAAAGUUACGUUUAACGUCAUUGCCCGUAUGGUAUUAAAUGCAUACCUACUUUAUAAGGAAGCUAGAAAAGAGAAGCUAAUGACUCGAUUGGAAUUUACGUCGAGCAUUAUAUCUGAAAUAGAGCAUGAAUGGAUGCAAGUCAAACAAUCAGAAAUGAUAAGUUAUAAGGAGGGAAUAUAUUUGGCUUAG